CCCUUGCACCCCAACGUCGACAAUGCCACCAAGAACGCGCAGACAGCGAGCUCAAGCCGCACAUGAAAGCGAGGAGAUAGCACAGAUUCAAGUUGAGAAAGAGUUGCUCAACCCUGAUGAUGUAGAGACCGAACAAGAGAAUGACGAGAAUAUAUUCGUCUCUGGUGAUAGGGACAAUGAGGAUGAGGAGGCCGACGAAAACUCGUUCAGCUUUCCUAUGCUACCACCACCCCGCUCGCUGGCAAAUCCACUUCGCACCCCUUCUCAUGAAGACGCGCUUCGCGACAUCACUGAUGAGUUCUUUCAUCCACCUUCACCGUCUCCGAUCAAAGCAGUUCCCGCGUUUGCAAGGCUCAAACCACCUCGACGACCAAAGAAACCAAAAAGCCUUGCAUUCCCGCACGACCCGCCUAAUUGGCAGCCAACUUCUCCACUUCCUCCCAGCUCGCCGCUCGCCUCGACUUCCACAUAUGGACCACAGAACUACGCGUCAACAUCGCACGCGAAUGCCUACGAGUACAAUAUGACCGCGUUUUAUCGUCAUGCGCAAGAGAUAGAACCUAGAACUAGUGAUUCCGACCCAUUCGGUUUUUUCGCGGCUGAGAAGGUGCUGAAAGAACGACGCGCUGCACGUCUACCAAGCGAGAAGCGCAAACACGUCCAAUCUCCUGUUUCACAAGUCACACCAUAUUCCACGCGCACCAGAGCACAGCUAAAUCGCACCACGCCUACUCCAACGCGCCCAGCUUCCUCGGUCCCCAUCCCGACAAACGAUGAAGAUAUCGAUGAUCUCUAUCUCGACGAACCAAUCACUACAUCUAUGCCAGUCCCUGCACUCAUUCUACGUCAUUCGUAUAUCCCAACGCCAUCGUCCUCCCCUGCUUCCCUUCGCUCGGAGAUAGUAGUCCCAGUCCUACUUAAACCUCGCUUGGACAUUUUGCGAGACCAACCGACGCGCAGCCGUGAUCCCCUCCGUACGCCGCGAAAACGUAAACGUGAUUUUGACGCUACCACUCCCGCCUCCAGUGAUAUAGUAUCCAGUCCAUCACCUGUGAAGAUUAGUGUAGCGAUUAGACGACCCCAAACACCCUCAGAUCGCCAGGAGACAGCAGAAGAGUACACUCCUAUUCCGAAACGUACUACACGUGCACAGGCGAAAGGGAAGGGCAAAGCCCAUGAUGACGCGCUCAAGCCUCGCAGACGUGUCCGCGCUGCCAAAGAAGAUGCUUCCCUGAGCCCGAGACAGGCGUGUAAGGACUUGGAGAAGCUCUUGCCGCGCAGAGCAACCACGCGGAGGGCAGCUGCCGUCGCGAAAGCUGGCGGUAAAGGAAGGGUUAGGAUGGCUGUCGAUCCUGUGGUGAGUGACAGCGACAGUGAUGAUGAGCAGCCGAAACGGAGGAAGCCUGCAUCGAGGGCAAAGCCCGCAUCAAGUCCAAAGCCUGCCUCAAGAAGUGCCAAAGCCGUAUUAAAGGGUGCCAAAAAGUCGCCCUUGAAAAGCGGGAAGCCUCGGAGUAAGGGCAAGGAAAAAGCAAAACCUCUUGAUGACUUGAUGGAAAUGUCAGAUGAUACCCGCAAGCGAUACGAAGAGGAACGCCUAGCGCGUCUUGAGUACUUCCGCAAGUUGGAUGAUUAUCAGAUGAAGAAGGAAAAUGUGUAUGUAGUGUGAAGUUCCUGCACAGGGAGUGCAAUUUCGGAUUUUGGUCUUGACUAGCAACCUUAUUUUAUGCUUAUCUGUCGCAGCUGUCUCGAUGCGUCUGCAUCAUGUGUAUAAUGUUUCGUUGCUACCAGACGUUCCAGCAUGUAGCCCCAAUGAAUACAAAUACUUGAGAACCUUGG